AUGGCGGGGCACAAAUAUGUUAAUGUGCUUUUUGAAGGGUGGGGGUGAUUGUGUUGUUGUUUUAUUUUGAUUACGUGGUUUUUGUGGUUUUCUAUUUGGGUUUUACGUUCUGUGAACCGCCCUGAGACCUCUGGGCAUAGGGCGGUAUAUGAAUCCAAAUAAUAAUAAUGGUAAUAAUAAUAAUGGUAUUCUGUGGCUGAAUAUUCUUUGACAGAGAACAGAGUGGAAAGGAGAAAAGAGAAAGAGAGGCUGAAGAGAAGCAACAACAACAACAACAACAACAUAAUAAUAAUGGUAUUCUAUGGCUGAAUAUUCUAUGACAGAGAACAGAGCAGAAAGGAGAAAAGAGAGAUACUACUACUAAUAAUAAUAAUAAUAGUAUUCUAUGGCUGAAUAUUCUGUGACAGAACAGAGCGGAAGGAGAAAAGAGAGCUAAUAAUAAUAAUAUUCUAUAGCUGAAUAUUCUGUGACAGAGAACAAAACGGAAGGAGAAAAGAGAGAUGAUAAUAAUAAUAAUAAUAAUGGUAUUCUGUGGCUGAAUAUUCUGUGACAGAGAACAGAGCAGAAAGGAGAAAAGAGAGAGAAAUAAUAAUAAUAAUAGUAGUAGUAGUAGUAGUAGUAUUCUAUGGCUGAAUAUUCUGUGACAGAGAACAGAGCGGAAGGAGAAAAGAGAGAGAGAGACUGAAGAGAAUCAAUAAUAAUAAUAAUAAUAAUAAUAAUAAUAAUAAUAGUAUUCUAUGGCUGAAUAUUCUGUGACAGAGAACAGAGCGGAAGGAGAAAAGAGAGAGAGAGAGAGACUGAAGAGAAGCUCAUCCUCAACCGAGAACACUUCGGCCUCAGCAGAGGCUCCGCGGCUGACAGGGAACUCCCCGUUUUUCCGACCGCAUUUUUUAUUUCUUUUACACAAACACACACCACCCACCCCGUCCCGUCCGCUCCCCUGGCGCCCAGGAGCCCUGAGAGCCCGCCCAGCCACCCCCUGGACGCCCCUUCUCGCUCUCUCGCCAGGCGCCGCCGCCUCGAAGCCCCUCUUCUCUCGGCUUCCGCAGCCCCUCAGGCAGGUGAGUCAAGAAGGCGCGCGAGGAAGAAAAGGGGGAGGGGGAGCCGGGAGAGGAAGGCGGGAAGGCGCCGAGAAGCGAGCGGCGCCCGCCUCCCCUGGCAAAAUUCACCUCAGAACUUCGCUUUUUCUCCUUUUUCUUUCUUCUUUUUUUGCUUGAGGCGGAGCGGCAUGUGCCCCCCCCAUCCUCCGCCACGUUUUACUAUUUAAUUUUAACACCGUUAAAGCAUGUUAUUUCUCCCCCCCCCCCACUCCUCACACGCCUCCAGGGAACUGUAGUUCGUGUGAAGGUGGGAAUUGUAGCUAUGGCUGGCCGACUUGAGGAAAGUAUUUGGGAGGGAGGCUGUGUUGUAAAUAAAAAUAUGCCCUUUUCCCUUAUGGGGUAUCCAAGAGCCCAUAUAGAGUCCUUACAUAGGUUCCCUAUUGGUAGGAGAAAAUAACAGAGGCCAACCAGAGAAUAUUGAGAAGCAAAGCAGCUAGUAAGCUUGAUCUUUAUUGAUCUGUUGCAACAGGGUGCUCCCCUCACACGCAGGAGAGGAAGAGGACCCACAAAAAUGCUGUGCAAGGGCUUAUAAAGACUUUUGAAAUUCCCAUCCUCUAGAUCAAGACCACCCCCAGAAACAUUAUGCAUUCAUCACAGAAGGGGUGUAACCUAAGACCACCCCUCAGAUAAGGCGGUCUAAAACAGAACAUUUGCAUGUUGUUUUCUCCUGUCGCUUUGUUUAUUUCCUGUCUGGCAGGUUACUUGAUUGGAUUUCUUGGGGAGCCUUGGCAGUCUUUUGUAAUGAUAAGGCUCACACCCUUAUUCAAACACAGAUUAAGACAGGAUUUGUGAAGGAAGAGACAAUGGGGAGGCUUUUCCAUUUUUACCAUGCAGAGAAACAUUUGCUCAGUUUAGGAAUCAAAAUGGUUCCAGGUUGGCUUUCCUGUGCUGAUCUAUGUACGUGUGGUUAUGAACGUUGCCAUAUAUCUAAAACCAUAAAAUUCCUAUCACAGCUGUCCCAAGUAAGCUGGAAAACUGCCCCUUUUAUUCCUACCCUCUUCUUCCUUCUACUUAACUAAUCCACAAGAGGACCUUGCCUCUUAUUCCAUUACCUCUAAGCUUACUUGUAUGAGGUACCUUGUCAGAAGCUUUUAGAAAGUCCAAAAUAUAUAUCAACAGGACAUCACCUCUAUCUGCAGACUUGUUGACACUUUCCAAUAACUCACCUAAGUUUGUGAACAGGACUUGCCCUUGCAGAAGCUGUGCUUCAGCAAGCUUGUAUAUGCUUGAUAAUUUUAUCCUUAACAAUACUUUCCACCAGUUUCCCCAUCCCAGCAAGAUAUUAAGAUAACUGGCUUGUAAUUUCCAAGAUCCCCCAUUGGUUACGUUUUUGUUUUUAAGGUGUUACAUUGGCUACUUUCCAGUCCUCAUGUAUGGAGGCAGAUCUGAAGAACAAGUUACAUAUUUUGCUAAAAUAUAAGCAAUUCCACAACUUUGAAAACUGUUGCGUGGUUGCCAUCCAGAUUGGGUGAUUUCUCAUUAUUAAUUUUGUCAAUCAGGGCAGGAACAUAAUCCUCAGAUUCCCCUUCUGCCCUACAUAUUCUUUUCUAAAGAGAGUUGCAAAGAAUUCAGUUUCUCCACAAACUCCUUAUCCUCCUUUAGCACACCUUUGAUUCCUUUGUCAUCGAAACGCCUGCCUAGAUGGUUUCUACUACUAAUAUAUUUAAAAAACUUAAUGUCAUCAGCAAUGUGCUCCUCAAAUUCUUUUUUAAAAAAUAUUUUUAUUAAGUACAAAUGAGAAAACAUACAUAUUUACAACAAAAGAAAAUACAAAAGAAAAGGAAAAUACAUAAAACCAAGGAAAAAAAUUAGAGCGUAUUUGCUCCUCAAAUUCUUUUUUAGCAUCGCUUACUGUCUGCUUGCACUAUGCUGGCAUCUUUUUGCUCUCAUGAUGCAUCUGCAAUAUAUAUAGAAAGAUAAAGGACCCCUAUACAGUGGACGCUCAGGUUGCGAACGUGAUCCGUGCGGGAUGCACGUUCGCAACACGCAGCGGCGUGUCUGCGCACGCGCGGGUUGCAAUUCGGCACUUCUGCGCAUGUGCAAAGUGUGAUUUUAGUGCUUCUGCGCAUGCGCGACCACCAAAACCCGGAAGUAACCAGUUCCGGUACUUCCAGUUUCGGCGCAUCCGUAACCCAAAAAAACGCAACCUGAAGCAUCUGUAACCCGAGGUAUGACUGUACAGUUAAGUCCAGUAAAAGGCUACUAUGGGGUGCGGCACUCUUCUCACUUCAGGCCAAGGGAGCCGGCAUUUGUCCACAGACAGCUUUCUGAGUCAUGUGGCCAGCAUGACUAAACUGUUUAUGGCGCAACGCAACACCGUGACAGAAACCACAGUGCACAGAAACGCCAUUUAUCUUCCCGCCACAGCAGUACCUAUUUAUCUACUUGCACUGGCGUGCUUUCAAACUGCUAGAUUGGCAGGAGCUGGAGCAGAGCAACGGGUACUCACCCCGUCACGGGGAUUCGAACCGCCGACCUUCCAAUCGGCAAGCCCAAGAGGCUCAGUGAUUUAGACCACAGCGCCACCCGUGUCCCAUCUCCAAUAUAAGCUCCAGUUGACUAGUUGAAACUCUAGUUUCUAUUAUUGUGUUUUUAAAUAUCUCCCAAGCAUUUGGAGUGAUUUGGUCCUCUUGACUUUGUUUUUCAACUUUCUUUUCACCAUUCUCCUCAUUGGGAGCAAGUUUCCUCUUUUGAAACCAAAUGGUUUUUGAUGACAUAGACAUUGCUUGUGUUUUUCCAUUGCCUGGGUUUAACAGAAAACAAGCAAGUCAGCAUUUGCCAGGGGUGGGGGUUUAUUAUUCAUCAUUGUCAAAGGCAACUGACUCAUUUGUAAAUGUGCUAUACCUGUAUUUUCCAGUGUAGAUGAGGGGGCACUUAACCUGGGAGUAGCGCAACACUGAGUUGCUCAAAUAUAUAUUUUUUUUUCCAAAGAAGAAUUGAAACAAGAAGCUGUAGAAUCAUAUUUCCUUUGCAAAAACCCUCUAUGCCCAGACUCAAUUUUAAUACUUGGUUGGUAUUGUGGGGCAUUCAUCUUCAUUUAUUUGUUUCUUCGCAUAAGUGGACUUUUACAUCUUGUUUGGUGAUAAGAGUCAAAUACCUACUAGUUUCCCAAAUCUAUAAAUAAAUACAUAAACUCUGCUGUGCCUUUCAAAGUUGAAUAUCCCCCAAAGUUUGUGUUCCCAGCCCACACAGAAGGUAAUACUUUCUGCUUCUCAAACAUCUAAGAAUAAAUAAAGUUAUUUUAAAAGCACUGUUCAUAACAUUGUCCAGCUGUGGUUACUGAAGAGUGAUUGAGCAGAUGUAAAGGAAUUUGUUACUCUUCUUUGGAAACGACAACACAAGUUAUGCCCCAAUGUAUGUUACACCCAUCACACUCAUAGUGUGAAAACAAGCAACCAUCAUUGAAAGGCCACCGAAUAUCAAGGAGAUCUAUCAAAAUGCAUCUCCCAAACAACACAAAGUGAAUGGUAAAACAGUAUACAGUAUUCUGACAACUAUAAAUCCUGAAUAGUUCUGAUUUCGAACAUGUCAAAUAUAUUAUACAUCCUAUGCAUGUUUAUUAUUAUGUAAAAUAAAAGCAAUUCGGUAUUUGAAAAGAAAAAUGUUUAUUUUCAAAAUAAAAGUAAAACCUGGGCAAAAUUUGUGCAGGCUGCAUACUACAAAUGUGUGAUCAUUUUGCAAAAGGUUAUUCACCUUGAAGCAGCAAGUGCAAUCUGGAGGAAAGAGUAUCAUAUAUAUUCUACCUCCACUAUCAAAGAGAAUAUGCCUUAGUACCAGUUUCUGGAAACUGAAGUUGGGCAGAGUUCUCUUCCACUCAAUGUCCUACUUGAAGUCUUCUCAUAGGCUUCUGGGCGGCCACUGUGAGAAUGAGAUGCUGGACUAGACGGGUCAUUGGCCCAAUUUGGUGGGUUCUGUAUAUGUUCUUAUACACUCCUGCACGAUAAUGUUUAAUAUCUCAUCAAAACAAGCAUUAUUCUUUGUAGUAUGUCUCAGUGGAAUCAAGUCCAGCAGCUAGAAGCAAAAUUCUUGGAGCAGAUAGACCAGAUUUAUGAUGACAAAUUUCCCAUGGAAGUCCGACAUCUGCUAGCACAAUGGAUUGAAAACCAGGACUGGUAAGAUCAAAUGUUCUUUGUCUACAUUUAAAAAAAAAUAAAAUUAUCUCUCUUAUAAAGCUUGAAUUUUAGGAAACUUUUAUGUACAGGCAGGAUAUUGGGUACAUAGUUAUUACUGUGUGCAGAUAUAAAUUCAAAUAAAAAGCCUAUCCUUAGGAAUAUAUAGAGAACUUUUUAUUAUUCUGAUAAAAUAUUGCCUUUAAUAUAAAGCAGCUUUGUGCCACUUACCACAUUUGUUCUCUGUUUAUUUUUGAUGAAAGUAUUGACCAGAAAUAAACAGAAAACAAAUGUGGCAACUUAAGAAACUAUCAAAAUCAAGAAACAGUAACUGUAAUAACAAAUAUUAAGUGUGAUGUGUAAUGGACAUGAAAAAUUGAUAUGAUACGAAGGAUACAUGUAUGCUAUACAAUAUAUACUAUGUGUACAUUAACACAAUAAUCAUAUUUCUAAGUAACGUACAAUAUACUGUAGCUGUACAUAUUGCUUACAUAAAGCUAUUACAAUUAUUCCCUUUGCUAUUAAAGGGUCUAUAGGAAUAAAUACAUUUUGUUAGUUAUUUUACAAGCUGCCCAAUGAAAACAUAGUAAUAUUUUAAAAGGAAAGGAACAAUAAUCUUCCUAGCAUAGUAUUAGCUCUUUCCAAAAUACUGGCGUACCCUUGCAGUUCUAUUUUUUAUGAGCUAAGCCUGUGGAAGAUGAUGCAUUAUGAUAGGAACAAUCUGAAUUUGUAAGCAAGCCUUUUCUAAGCAGUCAGUAGCCCAGUUUUGCAUGUAAUGUUAUCCAACCAUGGUUGAACAUACUAGUUCUUCAGCCUACUGAAAUAUUUACUGGGGUUUAAUGGGACUUUCCUCUGAACAUGCUUAGGACUUCAGCCUUAAAACAAAUAAGAACAUGCAUGAAGCUGAUGAUUCCAGACACCCAUUCUAGGGCCUAAUACUUUUCUUGAACAAAUAAUUUGAAGGCUUUAACCAUUACUUUUUUGUUUCGGUUUUUCAUGUAUGUGUUUUAUUCAUAUAAAUUUUGCGUUACACAGGGAAUCUGCAUAUAACAAUGAACCUAUGGCAGCCAUCCUCUUGCAGAACUUACUAAUAAAGCUGGACGAACAUUUUGACCGUGUUUCCCAAGAGAAGAAUCUCCUCUUGAUACACAAUCUAAAGAGAAUCAGGAAAGUUCUUCAGGUGAGUCUAUUGCCUUCACACACAACACCUUGAGGCUAAAGAGGAAUCAUGAAGCAGUCUGUUUCAUGAGCAAUGAACUACCAUAAUUUUUAUUAGGUUUCAAGCCAGGAAGAUCUGCACACAGCCUCAAUUUAUGGAAAUAGAUGCAAUGCAUUCACUUAUAAGUAUUUGGUCAUUACAGUCCACCAAAAUCAGGGGCUUCAGUCUGCUCUUAGUUACCUGUUUACCCACGUGACCAAACUGGGGGACCAAUAUUUCCUAUUGCAGUGUGCAUCCCUUGUUUCUAGUUGUUGGUGCUGAUGCAGGACGGAGGUUGCUUAUUAGAGGAACGUUCCCAGUACCUUCUGUAAACUAGAUGUGAUAUGUGAGAUGCAUCUACUCUACACCAAACAUUUGAAGUUGCCUAUGUCCUUAGGCCCAGACGGGGGCUGGUCGCACUCCCCCAGACGGUGAUCCCUCUGGGGGUCCUCCUAUUUGAUGUAAGUCUUAGGAACCCCUGCUGCCAGAUUGACCUAUGGCAUCACUUCCAGCAGAUGGACUGCAAGUAAAUGAUUGCCCCAUGCCCAAGCCAAACCUCUCUCAUCUGUAUUCAAUAAAGUUGAGACCUGUUUCUUUCCAAAUUAGUCUGUGCUGUUCACUUGGUGGGUCAGGAAUGGGGAAGCACAAUGGCUUGGCCUGCAGUGGCUUUAAAAACAGAUAUUGGCAAUGAAGAAAAACAUUUUUCAUGCCUGACACAGCAAUUGCUUCUGUAACAUUGUGUGGAAAAGGAUAGGCCCGAAAGCCAAUUUAAAUGAACUUUUCCUGACAUGACAUAGGACUUUACCACCUGAGUAUGGGUGGGUAUUUACAGGUGACUUGCUACUUUGAAAGCAACCCCAUAUUUAACCCUCCCGGUAAAAACAAAUGUUUACAUGUUAAAGGAAAGUCCUGGGGAUUCACAGGCACUAUUGGUCAAACUAGGUAUUAUAAAAGCAUAUCUCAUGUGUUGUUAGAAGGCUAGUCAUGCCAAACUCCUACAAAAUUGGGUGGGAUUUAAAACACAGCAGAGGGAUUGUGAGAGUUGCUGGACUCCCCCCCCCCGCCCCCACCUGUGCAUUUGCUCAUGAUUCAGUGGGUAAUUUUUUCCUGUUAGGGUUACUUCUAUUAUAUAUUUGUUAUGUUUUUAUUUAUUUUUUCAUGGUACAGAAGAUACAUGAGAACCUCUGUUCUUCCUUUUCUGGGGUGGGCAGUAACUGCAAGAGGGGGUAUCUGGAAGAGCUAGAGUUAAUAACCCCAUCUGUCCUCAGAGGUCCAGCCUCCAAUGGCUAUGUUUCAUUUAAAACAAAAAAGUGAGUGGAAAAUUAGACAUAACUACAUGUUACGUGUAGCUUUGCGGUCAGGUUGCCCAGUGCAGAUCUUAUUUGUAUUCCACAUUGUGAUAACACCUUGAAAUGUAUCCCAGAUUUUUAUGUGUGAAAUAUUCUGCAGCAAAUGGAGAUUGUGGAAAGUGUUGUUUGAGACUUGGAAGUUUGAACUCUGUGCACAAGUCUAUUGGAUGUUGGUCCAGUGAAACCUGUUGCCUUAUUUAAUAGGUGUUUCUUAAUUCUUUGAGACCAUCAUGGCAGCAAAUGUACACCAGCGCUUCUGAGGAAGUGGGUGGAGGGGGGGCGGGAAACAACACAUGUGGCUUAAAACUAAUACUACAUUUCUGUGUGAGGUUUUGUAAUGCAUUUCCUCUUGCUGACCUAGAUUUAGAAUUCUCAACAUAGAUAAGUGGCUUCCAAUAAUGAUUACCUGAACUCAAGAAAACUCUCCUUGCAUUUUAGCCUCAAACAGUGAUAGGGCUGGCUCUAGCCAUUUUGCCACCUGAGACUGAACCCUAAAUGGCACCAUGCUAUCCCCAAGUUAGGUGCACACUAGUAAAAGCUGAGCAAUGCAUACAACUGGUGCUAAAUGAACAACUACUUUAUAGGCAGUUAAAGCCCCUACUCAAGAUCACUUAAGAACACCAAUUCAACAACCCUCAUCCUUAGCAUCCCGUAGCCACCCUACCAUACUCACACAGGCAGGGUGGGUAAAGACCAACCCCAUUUCCCCCACUCCAUUUCUUUGCAAUGGAGCUGUAAUUCUAACCUGCAUCAGUACUUGUGAUUCAGAUCCAAGGGUUCUUCUGAACUAUUUAAUACUGAGCACACAUAAUCUUCGAGAUGUAGAUGUCUAUAUUUAACAGUACAGUCGUACCUUGGAUCCCGAAUGCCUUGGUACUCGGACGUUUUAGCUCUCAAACACCGCAAACCCGGAAGUGAAUGUUCUGGUUUGUGAACAUUCUUUGGAACGCUAACGUCCGACGGGGCUUUCGCGGCUUCCAAUUGGCUGCAGGAGCUUCCUGAAGCCAAUCAGAAGCUGCACUUUGGUUUCUGGACAUUUUGGAAGUCGAACGGAGUUCUGGAACGGAUUCUGUUCGACUUCCUAGGUACAACUGUAUUACAUAAAUGUCCAUGUUUGACAUACUUAUCAGCAGAUAAAGCAGAGGGAACGUAGGUACUGCAACUGUCAAAAAAAGUAAAUUAACAGCUCUCCUUAUGCAGAACCUGAGCUGCAUCGGAGCUAAUUGAAAUCAAGUGGUUUGAGCACAAGAUUUAAUAAUUUAGUCAUGACUAACUUCGGUUAAAAUUAAGCAAUGGAGGGUGGGUUUUUUGUAUAUAAAAAAACCCUGAAAGCAACCACUAUUGUUAUUUUUUUAAUAUGUGAUAUAAACGUACACACCGCCCAGAAAGGUUUGAAGUUUAAAGCUGGGUUUUAAAAAGAGAUCAUAACUCAGUGGCAGAGUGCAUUCUUUUCAUAUCAGCCCUAGUUCAAGCCUCCUGCAUCUCCAGUAUCCUGGAUAGCAGAGCUAAAAAUACCCUUGUCCAAGAUAUCGAGGGCUACUCCUAGUCAGUGCUGGGAUAGUUAGACCAAUAGUCUUACUCAGUAACACUAAGCUUCAUAUAUGUUAAUUGAUUUCAAAUAACCAGGCACAUCUCUGGAGUGGAAGUAUCUAGGACCCAAAGUAACCCUGAAACUCGUGCCAAAAAAUCCUUAAGGGUCAUAGUGGGUGCAAAACUAUUGUCAGCAAAGCAGUGCUUCUUGAUCUAUAUGGACUAGGCCUGGGCUAUUUCUGAUGCUAUUUUCUGGGCUAUUUUGUCUCUUGUUCUCAGGGAAAAUACCAGAGUAGUCCUAUGCAUAUAGCAGUGGUUGUUUCAAACUGUUUAAGAGAAGAAAGAAGAAUAUUGGCUUCAGCCAGCAUGCCGGUACAGGUAACUCUGCUUUUAAUUUGAUAUAUACGUUUGUCUUUAAGGAGGCCUAAAUCCACUGCAGAUUCGGAACACUGAUUUUAAAGGGUUUCAGCACAUAUAAUUUGGGGCUGGAUCAUGGCCACUGGGUGCAGUCCUUGCCCAUCAAAUCCAAGAUUGCUGUCAAGUUGUAUAUACCCUCCAGUAUUUCACAGGUCAAAACAAGGCAACUCACGUGUAUUUGUAGCACUUCUGUUCUCCCAACAGGAACUAUUACCCUUCCUCUUGCCAUGUAUACUAAUGCAGCAUAGGUUAUUGCAUUUAAUUUGCAAUAACCUAUGCUGCAUUAGUAUACAUGGAAGUAAUCACCACUGAACUCAAUGGAACUUUAAGAAUCUGUUUGGUUUUAGGCCCAGUGAUGAUGCCGACACUGUGAUGUUGGAUGAGAAAGUAGGUCUCAAAUCAGACAUAAAUGUGUGAGAAAUUAGGGAGUAGAUUACUUGUACACCCAUGCCAGUUUCAUGAACAGAUGUGGAUCUCCAUGCUUUGUGUGUUAUUGUUUCCCCACAAAAGGGACUUGUGCAAGGUAUUUCAUGUGAAUGAAAACAUUAAAAUCAGAAGUAACUUGGGGGGGAGGCAUGAAAGCUAACAAAUAAGGUCCUAAAUCAGUUCUUUUAAAGUUAUUGGUCACUGAAUUUGUCUCUAUGCCAAGAGAACUCAUUUUGCUGAACUCAUCUGUAAAAUUCUUUUUUUUUUAGGGACCUCUGGAAAAGUCACUACAGAAUAACCUGGGUUUGGAAAGGCAAAGAAACAUUGAACACAAGGUGUCUGCAGUCAAGAACAGUGCACAGGCAAGUUACUACAGUUUGCCACAUGUGUACCAAAUGCCAACAUAUCUUCCUCAAGGUGCAGAUAUAUCUCUGUGGACUUGCUAUACAGACAGAGCAAGGCUGAGCCUACACAUGCAGCAGAAUGAGGUGGUAGAAUGGAGCUGCACUACAUUUGAGGCACACCACUUGAAUGCUAGCCCCAUUUAAGAAAUACAGCAUGCAAGUAGAAAAUUAGCACAUCAAGGCUAAAAAGUUUUACUAAAGCUCAUUGCAUGUAAUGCUGGUGGUUUUUUAUCUGUGUGGAUUUUGUAACAUAAAGGAACUUCCGAAAAUGUGAUUCCCCCCACCUCCUGUCUGACAUCAUGUGGUCUAUUCUAGCUCUUUGACAUGCUACCACCUUGUUCUGUUGCUUAUAUCUUGCUUUUCUUAAACCCUGGAAACCAAGGCAGUAUGAUGUGGUUCUCAGGUAGCCUCGUGUCUCUUCAGACUUGCCAGACAGCACUCUAUCUCUAUGUGUGGGUGUGCAGAUAGAUAUAAAUGUAGAAAGAGAUAAAUGAAAUCCUCAGUCUCAUUAGUGUGGGCACCUUUUUUAGUUGAUAAAAUAUAUUUUUAAUUGACUGAUCUGAGUUAUUAAUAAGAUAAAAUGUUGCUGCCAAUGUAUCCAAUGCUAGUCGUACUCAGAGUAGAUUGAAGUUAAUGGACAUGACUAGCAAUAAGCACAAGAUACAAAAUAGUUCAGCUCACUUUGCCCAUUUAGGGCAUACCCAGUUGCUCUGCAAGCAAGGCAGCAGCAAGAGAUUCACAGGGAAUACUAUAGGGAAUUCAUAUGGAUCUGUUUGCCAUUAAAUCAUUUUAAUUUUAAUUGAAAAAAGCAGAUGACAGAACAAGAUGUCAAAUAUUUAGAAGAUCUGCAGGAGGAGUUCGACUUGAGGUAUAAAACAAUACAGAGCAUAGGUAAGUUUUUCCAUGUGUGUAAACCAUAUUAAUUUGAAGGUUAUUAACACUUUUAAAAUGUUGUAUUUAUUGUUGUUAAUGCCUAAGUUUGCCUUGUGUUACAUCCCAAAACUCAACAAAUGGCAUAUUUGCAACAACGAAAACACCCAACCUAUGUAACUACUGUAUAGCAGUGAUGAGGUAUCCAAUAGUUUAGUGGCAAAUUCAGAAGUGCAGAGUCCCUUCAUGAUUGUCGUGGUCACAACUCCUAUGGUUAUGAGAAACAAGCCUAAAACUUUAUUCUGCUUAUGGUAGAAUAAGGUCUUUAAAUCUGCUGCUGUAAAACAACCCUCAGCACCUUGAUCAAAAACUGUGAUUGGCUGUUCAAAAGGGAGCUGUGAAUUCCUUCUAAUAAAAUCCUUUACAAAGCUGAAGAUUGGUGUAGGUGAAAAUGGAUGUUUGCUUUGUAAAGCGAAUGCCUUAUUAUCACAUCAAAGGUGGAUUUAAGGUAGCACAGCCAGGCCCCUUCCCUCACUGGACACUGCUGCAGGGCAUCACAACUAUGAUAUAGUGAAUAUACACAACAGAAUGCAAGAGGUUGGGAGGGGGAGAAUUUUGGCCUCACAGAGGGCGCCACUGAAAUCUGAAAGACCCAAAGCCUGCCCCGAUUAUAUGUAGCAUUACAUAAGUGUGUUGUUCUGCAUAUGGUUCCAUAAGCAAUGUUCUCCACCAAAGUCCAGCAUCCUUUCAAAAUGUAGAAUAUUACCCAUACAGGAAGCCAGAUAAGUUUACGUAUUAUAAGCAUGAGUUUGAUCAGUUUCAAGAGAUGCAGGCUCUUUAAAAGCCAUUUCUUCUUGCUAGUCGAUUACUAAUGUCAUACUGUCUUCUGAGUAAUAAUGUAUUGACUCUUCCCUCAAAUGAUGACGAUGAUCCUGACCACAAACGGAUCACUACUGCAUCACUUUGCCUGACAUUUAACCGCUAUAAGCAGGCACCUGUGUGGGUCACUAUUGACAUGAUAAAGGAAAUGUGUGAACAUAUCUUUGGUUUCAUCAAACUCUCAUAAGUAACAGCUUCCCUGCUGAAUCCCCAGGUGUGUGUCAGAAUGCAGCUUGCAUGUACUCUUCAUGUCUGGAGUCUUAACCCUGCGAAACUUGGUCACAACUGAGGCUGCAAUGCUUUGACUCUUACCUGGAAGUAAAUCCCAGUGAAUACAGUGGACACGUGUACAAAAUUAUGCUGCCUGUUCAGUUGAAAACAAUGGAACGGCACUUAGUUACAACAAAUUCCAUUGCUUUCAGUUGGACUCAGUCAUGACUAAUUUUGCUGGCAUGUACCAUAUAGGGCUUAUAAUAAGUACUAUAAGUACUAUACCUAAAUGAUCACUGUGCGCUGCCAUUGUAUACAGUGUCAGAACUGGGUCUUUAGAGUGGUGGUACUUGCACUUUGGAACUGCUUCCUGUUGAAUAUCAGGCAGGCAUGUCUCUGUUGUCUUUUUGGUGCCUGUUGAACACCUUCCUUUUUGAAGAAGCCUUCUAAGCGGAGAUCUGUACUGGAUUUGAAAGUGUGUGUGUGUGUGUGUGUGUGUGUGUGUGUAAUGCUUCAUAGGAAGUCAUUAAUAAAUGAAAUUACGUAAUGAUAAAAAUGUGUAUUUAAUUUUCCAGCAAUUUCAUCAUUAAGAGAUUAUAAAAUGGAGGCAGAAGCUUCCCUAUCUCCUCCUUGCAGCCUGAAGCUACCUAUAGCUGUUCCUCAUAAGGCUAGACCAUGAUUUUAGCAGUGUGUGUGUGUGUGUGUGUGUGUGUGUGUGUGUGUGUGUUAGCUGGGCUAUGCUGUUUAAGAGGCUUACUCUUCUUGUGCCAUACACAUGCUAUUUUGCAUCUUCUUUUAGAACACACCAACAAAAACAGUGUUGCUGUGAAACAAGAGAUGCUGCUGUUGCAGGAGAUGCUCAAUACCUUAGACUACAAGAGAAAGGUUUGCUAAAUUGUCUUCGUCGUUUGUAUGUUUUUCUUUUGCACGCCACCCUAUUCUGCUGAUGUAAACAUAGAGGCAGCUUGCUUCAGAGUUCUUCAUGUGGUUAAGCAGCAGGAAAUUCCCAAGAGCUCGAGAGAGUCUGAUGACUGCAGAGAGAGUACUGUCUGCCGCCUCCCAGAUGUUUUGCACUAUAGCUCCCACCAUUCCUGACCAUUGGCUAUGUUAGCUGAGAAUGAUGGGACUUGGAAUGCAACAAUUGGAGGGCACAAAAGUUGCGGAAGGGUGUUCCACAUAUUUGAAAGUCAGAGGACUUAAGUUUGCAUUUCCCCUUACAUUUCUGACCUGCCCUUUCUCUAAAGAGCUCAGAAUAGCAUGCGUGGGGCUAUCCAAACAUCUUAUAAUAGCCUUCCGAGACAGACUAGGGUGGAAGAAAGUGAUGAGUCAGGAGACACAUGCAUGCAAUCCUACUAUUAGAAUGACGUUCAAAAAUAAUUCUCUCUUAAGCAGGGCUGUUCUCUUCUUCCACAAGGAAUAGGUUUGGGGUCGGAACAAAAGGGGCAGUGGUGAAGGAACCUCCAUCCCUUAAUGAAUCACUGUUGAUAGCACCUGUUGAAUGGUGUGUUUUAGAGCAGUAUAGAGUACCAUCAUUUCAUGCCUUGCAGGCUCCCGCAUAGUGAGUUUCAAGGUGAGCUAGUGCAAGACAGGCGAUCGAAGUAAAGCUGGAUUAUUAUUAUUUUUAAAAUAUAACUUAUCAUGACGGCUGGAGAACAUGUCAGCAAAACUAGUGAUUUCAACCUGAGAAUUCUCCAGAAACCAUGCUUUAUUAAGUGCCAAAGUUGCUCACAUCUGGUGAACUUUACAUUCACUUGUAUCUCUUGAAAUUCUAGGCCAGUAGAUAGUGGAAAUCCUGAAGAAUCUACAUGUUAAAUAUCAGUAUUGUUGGGGGGGAAAGGUUUUUUUUAAAAACAACAACACUAUGAUUGUUUAAAACUUUCCUACAAUUAACUUUGUAAGAUAAAAUCAGAAAAAUAAGGUCUGAAGCUCCCACUUUCGAAAUGUCUUACCUUUCCUAAGUAGAUAGUAAUACUGAUAUGUAUUCCAUCGGGAAUUGUGAUCCAGUGUUAGUACUUUAGGGACCUUUUGAGCUUCUGAAGUUUGUAUGCCAAAGUGGUUCAUAGGUGGAAUUUAGUCCAGACAUAUUAUAUAGCACCCUUUGCCAAUCUGUUGCCCUCCAGUUGUUUUGGUCUAAACUCCCAUCAUGUAUGUUGCCUGGGGUUGAUGGGAAUUCUAGUCCAAAAUUGCUGGAAAGAAAUUAUUUUAUGAAGGUUGCCCUAAAUGCUUUCCUAAAACAGAAAAGUCUGAUAUACAUCCUGGAAGAGGUUCAGAUUUUGAUUAUCCUUACAAAGAUGAGAGCCUCAGAGCUGUGAGUAGAAAAAAUAGGUUGCCUCUUUGCAUUGUGUUAUUGUAGUAGGCAUUGUUGUAUGCAGUGCUUUUUUUCUUAAAAAAUGUUUAGGGGUACUCUCAUUUUGACUCAUGAAAAUCACCAUUUUAUAGUUCAAAUCUGGAAAAAUAAACACAGUAAAUGGGCAAAAGUACAAAGAUCCACAAAAUGUUUAGGGGUAUGCGUACCCCUGCGUACCCCCAGAAAAAAGCACUGGUUGUAUGGAUGGUGAGCUCCAGAGCAGCCAUACUGGCUGUGGCUGGUGGGAAUUGUAGCUCAAAACAUCUAGAGGCCCCCCAGUUGGUGAAGGCUAUUCCAGAGCAAUAAAGGACAGUUGUAUUUAUAAACAUUCUUGGUCCUUGCUUGGACGAGAGAUACACAUCCUGUGUCUUUUAGGAAGUUCUCAGCAAAAUGGCACAAAUAAUCAAAGAAGCUGAAGCCUUGGUGAAUAACUUGCUAACAGAAGAAUUAGUGGACUGGAAGAGAAGGCAACAAAUUGCUUGCAUCGGAGGGCCUCUGCACAAUGGGCUUGAUCAGCUGCAAAACUGGUAAACUUUUAUCGGUAACUCCUAUUUUCUGAGCGAAGUGCGACAGGAAGUGGUGCUGCUGCUUCUGCUGCUUCUCCCCAGCCCAGAAUACCCAAUACAAAUUUAAUCUUAGAGGUUAACAGAGUUUAUGCAGCUUCUAAGAAUGUAUGCAUCUGAAGUGAAAAUAACUCUAGCAGGCAUCACCUGCUCUGAAAAGGGCUCUUUGAAACAAGGUUGCUGCAAUGGCAGAAAUGAGGGGCUGUGGCUGAACCACACAGAUUGUGUCAUGGUCACCCCAAGCAAACACUUUCAUAUCUGGGGAAUCACUGUUAGGGUUGUAGCCAGCUGCAAAACCUCCAUUGAAAGUUACCUGAUAGAGAGUAUAUCCCACCCCAGCUAUUGGCACUGUGCACUUUAUCCUGAGAAAGAUAGCUGCUUUUGGAUUUAUUUUGUUGGUUCUGGAAACAGGAGACAACAGAGAUUUUCUCCUCCCUCUUGUCUCACCGCACCCUAGUUGAAUUGUCAAUCCAUUUAUCUGUUUUCUGUGCCUUUCCCCCAUCUUCUAUACCUGAGCUCUCACCGUCUGCUGCAAUGGGACACAUCACAAAGGCAUACAGAGAGAUAAAAACACAGCUCACUGUAUGCAAUUAUAUAGAACUUGCCAAAGACAAAAUAUAAAAAUAAGACAUUUAGAUUCCACCAGGUGUCCAUUUCACUGCAUGUGUGUGAAGGAAAGAGAGAGAGAGAGAGUUGAUCCUUUCUUUUCAUUUAUUCAGUUUCACUCUGAUGGCAGAGAGUCUUUUUCAAAUAAAAAGGCAGCUGGAGAAACUGGAUGAGCUUUUGGUCAAGCUCACGUAUGAGGGAGACCCCAUUCCCCUGCAAAGACCUCACUUGCUGGAAAGAGUGAACUUUUUGCUCUACAGCCUCUUCCAAAGGUGCGUAAGCUUAUGUUACGUGUUAAGUGUAAUUUGUGACUGAAAGGCAUGUCAACAUAUAGCUCCUGUCAUGAAAAUGCAAUGUGUCUGAAAAAGUAACCCUGCCAUGUUGAAGAAUUUGUCUUCACGAGAUGAAAUAAUCUUGCUUAUCCUUCAGUAUUUCUCUAAACAUGUUUAUGCAAAGUACUAACAAAUAUAUUUACUUCCUUUUGUAUUAGUUCAUUUGUAGUUGAGAGACAGCCCUGCAUGCCAACCCAUCCUCAGAGGCCUUUGGUUCUUAAAACUUUAAUACAGUUCACUGUUAAACUUAGGUGAGUAAAGGCUAUCACGUAACCAUUUACUUGAUUUGCUUAGUGUACUGAAGUAUCUCUUCAAAACUUCUUAUGCACACUCAGUGGCGGAGCUUCAUGUUCCGGCACUGGGGGGCGGAGAGCAGGCGGGGGCGGGGCAGGCAUGUGUCCUGGGGCGGGGUGCCCGGGGCAGGCAGGGGCGCAGUCGUGAUGGCACCCCACCGGGAUUGCGCAGCCGGGGGUGGGGUGCUCCCCCUGCACUCCUCUUCCUCCGCCACUGUGCACGCUGGGCCAAAUAUUUUUAAACAUUAAAACUUCUAUUGUCUUUUGUUCUUGAAGAAAUCAGUUUUUUAAAUGGAGCUGCUAAAUGGAAAAGAUUAUGGACCUGAAGACUCAGGCCAGCAUCUAUCACAGCAUCUUUCAGAAGAUGAGAACAACAGCUUCUCUUCACUUUGACUAAUUCAUAUUACUUUUAGUUACUAUUGGACUGCAUCUGCGAGUCUCAUGCAUUUGGCGGCAGGUUUCACACUAACAUCGUGGAUGCGAUUUGCAAAGUAUGCAUGGAUUGCUUAAUUUGGCUGUUCAAGAUUAUCAUAAAAACUGUUAUGACAGCUAAUUUCCCUAGGCAAUUAUCAUUGUUUGCUAUUAAAUGUAUGAAGCUUUUUUCCCCCUUCCUUUUUCUCCCCUAGACUGCUUAUUAGAUUGCCAGAGCUGAACUACCAGAUCAAAGUGAAAGCUGCUAUUGACAGGUAGAUAACUUGCAGGGUAUUGGGGGGCGGAUCUCAUGAUUUCUUCAGACUGUUAACAACAUUUUGGGUAAUAUGCAACUAAGACUGCAAUUCACACAAGAAAACAAGUUGCUGUGAUUGCAUAGACUGGUGUCAGGAUUGCUUAGGCCUCCAUAGCAAGUGUGGUUUUACAACCACAACUUUCAAAGUACUGAUCACUGUUCCGUGGUUUCAGCGCAAAAUGCAACUUCGGAAGAAAUCCUACAAAUUCCCCCACUUGGUAAAAUUAACAGCAGUUGCAGUUAUCUAUGGCAGGAUGGAAUCCAUGCAAAUUAAUUCUGUUGUAUCAAUGAAAUAAGGAUUGCAAACAAUCAAUCUCUUUAUUACGCUCAUUGACUAGAAACUUUGGAAAACUGUAUACAGUCGUACCUUGGUUUUCGAACAGCUUAGUUCUCAAACAUUUUGGCUCCCAAGCGCCACAAACUUGGAAGUAACUGUUCUGCUUUGCGAACUAUUUUUGGAAGCCGAACAUCUGCCGGGGCUUCUGCAGCUUCCGCUUGGCUGCAGAAGUUUCCUGCAGGCAAUCAGAAGCCGUUCUUUGGUUUCUGAACGUUUUGGAAGUCGACUGCACCAAACAAAACAAAAUAGAGAACCAUGACAAUAAAAUUACUGUAUCUCACUAUGAAUGCCAACUCCACCACUGCUAUUGGUUUUCUUUGAGUUCUCAAUUUCCAGGUAUACUUUGAAUAAGCUCUGAACAUGCUCUAUCAGAAACAUGAGUCAACCUUUGUGCUUUAAAACACAUUGUUUUAGUUCAGCGCAGUAAAUUACCUUGGGUUUUCUUGUCUUUUUCAUUCAGGAAUGCUUCUACUAUAAGGUAAGACAAUAUAAAUGAUGCAACUUCUACAACAAACACGUGUUGCUCCCUUAUUAUUUUUCUGCUGCUGCUUACUGGGAUGUGUCUUCUAGCAACCGCAGAUUUAUCCUUUGUGGCACUCAUGUAAAAGCAAUGAACAUGGAUGAAUCUGCAAAUGGGAGCCUUUCUGUAGAAUUUCGUCAUUUGGUAAGGCAAUACUUCAUUAAUUAUGUCCCAAAAAUGGAGAAACGGAUGCAGGUAUGUGGAGAAUCUAACCCUUUCCUUCCCUGCUGCCCAGUGCUUUUUUAAAAUAGAAAAAUAGGUGAAGGUAAUUACCAUGAAGUUGUUACAGCAAGAGCCACACUUUUUAACAACAACAACAACAACGGUGCCGGUACUGCGUACCCUUGAGUACCCCUGGGGGGAAGCACUGCUGCUGCCUAUUCUGAACCUGGUGUUUGCUUUGGAGGUAAUUCCCUAGUUGGGUCCAGUGCAGGUGAAGAAAAGGGAUUUCCCUCCAGAAUGCAGCUGUGGAUAAAACAGUUAAAUUUCCCCUCCGAUUCUUGCUCUGAUCCCAUUCACUGAUGCAAUUUGCAUUUUUUUCCCUUCCGAUGCUGAUUUUUAAAAUUUAACAACCACAAAAAGCAGACAUGGCAAAAUGCAUGGAAAUUGUGAAAUCUGUUUUUGAGUCCCCAAGCUAGAACACUAAACGUCUGAUGGCAUAGGAAAAUACCAAUAUAGUGGUACCUCGGGUUAAGUACUUAAUUUGUUCCGGAGGUCCAUUCUUAACCUGAAACUGUUCUUAACCUGAAGCACCACUUUAGCUAAUGGGGCCUCCUGCUGCUGCUGCGCCGCCAGAAGCAUAUGUAACCUGAAGCAUAUGUAACCCGAGGUACCACACUGUAAAGUGGAAUCUCGUUUUUUUAGCGUAUCGGAAGCCGAACACCAAAAACCUGGAAGUAAUUGCUUCCGUUUUCGAACGCGCCUCAGAAGUCGUACGGCUUCCACUGCAUGUUUUUAUUUUUCCCCUCAAUGGAUUUUGCCAACUGCCCAUUGCUCCUCAGUUUUUGAACGUUUCAGAAGUCGAACGGUCAUCCAGAACGGAUUACAUUCAAAACCAAGGUUCCACUGUGUAGUGGUUCAAGGGGUUGCUCGUGCAUAAGCUGGUGCCCACACCUGGCUGGGUUGCCUAAGUGAACCUUUUCUGUCCGGACAGCCACUCACCCGUGGCUGUCUCAAUCGCUGGCAGAAUCCGUCAGUGGGCGUUUCUUAAACUUCUUCCAGCAAAGAAGUUCUUUCAUGCUCAGUCGCCUCCUACUUUCCCUGCACGGAAGCCUUCUGCGCAAGGAAGGCGUAGGCAGCGGAGGACCCUUCCUCCCCCCACUGGUCCCAGGCAAUGAGUCAUGUGACUUCCUCUCAGAUUCCCCCAUCUGCCCCCCUUCUCCACUGGAGAUGAGCUGAUUCCCUUCCCCAGAAGAUAGGCUGCCUCUCCCAAUCCCGUGAGGCUCUCUGGGAUCCCUCUGGAGCUCUCUCUCUCCCUCCGGCACUGAUGGCAGUUCCCUGACACACUGUAUUAUAAUUAUUCUUUUGGAAGGUUUUUUGUCUCCACCAGAGGGCCCACUCCAUGCUUCUUUGAUUGUCAUCAACUGAACACAAAAGUACCCAUCACUAACAGUUUCUGUGAAUAAACACUAUUGUAUAUUAAUCUCAGUCUUGAUUUUUAACCUUUUUUUAGCAACCAAAAGAAAUGAAAUCAUGUACUGGAAACAAGGGCAGUGAGGUAGGAAGAUUUAAUCAUUUGGAUUGUAUUUGUAGUGUGGUAUAGCUGCCCUGUUGAGUUGAAGAAAAUGUCAUUGUCCAUAUUUAUCCAUAUAAGUUAAGUAUAAAUUUAUAAUGGCCAUAUAACGCAUGCUACACCAAUAGUUUACUGCUUAAAAUGAAUGAAUGAAUGAAUGAUAAAAGUCCUCCCCCAUCCUACCUAAACUGAGUCAGAGUUUUGAUUUUGAGAGAGAGGGGAGAUAAGCAAUUGCAGCUGAAAUGCUAUCAUGCUCUGUUAUUUUCUUUAAACAAUGGCAACAUGUGGCAGAAAUAUUUUUAUCAAUAGACCUUCUCAGUGCUUUUUUUCCAAAAAAAAUGUUUAGGGAUACUCUCAUUUUCCUACUCAUAUUGAAAUACUGCACCUCAAUGAGGCCAAACUUUAAUUCAAAAAAUGUUUAGGGGUAUGUGUAUCCCUGUGCCCCCCCCCAAAACAAGCACUGGACCUUCUAAAGGGCAGCGACAAUUUAUUUCUACCUAUUAGGGUUUAAUAGAAAAGUAGCUUUGGGGCUCCCACUUCUGGAUAAAUUGAUUCAUUUCACUUUCCUACAAAAUAAAAAUAAAAUCUGUAAAAUGCAUCCCUGAUUUUGAAAUUAACCAUUUCCACUGGAAUUUAAAACCUGAAGAUGAUAUUUUUGCCAUUACUGAAAGCAGCCUUCAAAUAGCACAGUUAGUUUUUUUAACAUUUUGAGAAGUAAGAUGCAUCACUCAACAAUUUUGUUUUGUUCUUGUUUAAAUUAAAUUUGGAAACGCAGGAAACUUCGGAAGCAAGCAUAGUGGCAUUGGAAUCCACAAUGCAUCUAAUCCUGUUUAACAAAAUUUCAAAAUAUAGUAACUUGGUUGUUUGAGUUGCAUUCCAACUCGCUCAUAUUUAGUGUCAUAUGUGUUUCAGAUAUUUUUUAUAAAAACCUUUUCUAUCUCUUCAGGGCCCUCAAAUGGUAACUGAAGAACUACACUCUAUAACCUUCGAAACACAGGUCUGCUUAUAUGGUCUGACAAUAGACCUGGAAGUAAGUACUCUCAGUAUAUAUUUAUAUAAAGUGGCCUAUAAAGGAAAACUGUACAGUCAUACCUUGGAAGCCGAAUGCCUUGGCUCCCAAACAAAUCAGCUCUUGAACGAUUGAAACCCGGAAGUGAGUGUUCUGAUUUUCAGAAGCCAAACGUCCGACGUUGCUUCUGAUUGGCUGCAGGACGCUCCUGCAGCCAAUCAAAAGCCGCACUUUGGCUUUUGAAUGGUUCCGGGAGUCGAACGGACUCCCGGAAUGCAUUCUGUUCGAAAACCAACAUACCACUGUACCUAGAAACAGUGGCCUGUUUUACAAAAUGCUAAGCCCUUGUUUGUUUAACAAAUCACAAGUUAAACAUAAGUUGACCCACACAUGGUCAAACAAGCGAUGACUUAUUUCUCCAAAGUUCCAUUUGUUUUCUAGCUCCUCUUGUAUCUUGCCUUUGUAGCUUGGGUUUAUUGGUUGGCACAUGCCACAAGUAGCCCUGCAUGUGGAGUCCAGCAUAGAAAACUGAACUCCAACAAUAUUGAUUACCUGCAAAAAUCAGCAAGAGUACACCUACCAUACAGCAUUUUGAUUGCAGCAUUUUAUGACAUUGCAUCAGUAACUUCUAAUGCAUUCAGUUCAAAACUAUAGUCUGAUCCAUAUAAACAAUGAAAUCUAUGCAUCUUUUUCCUCAGACGAGUUCCUUACCAGUAGUGAUGAUUUCCAAUGUCAGCCAAUUGCCCAGUGCUUGGGCUUCUAUUAUCUGGUACAACUUGCCCACAAGUGAACCACAGGUAGGUUUUAUAUAGCAAAAUUCCUGUUUUUCAUGAAUUGGGUAUAGAAGCACAGAGGGCUUCUUUCCCAUGAUGCAUCUUUCUCACAAUUCUCUAAGAGAUAUUCAUGACACUUGUGUAUCCUUAUUGGUACUUGAAAGAUGAUGCUCGUAUGUUCUGAAUUCUAUUUACAGUCUAUAUUUACCCUUUCUUAAGAUCUCCAAAUAAUGUAUUGGGGGAAUGUUGUAGAUACUAGGAGAGGAUAUAUUGAUUUAAUAGUAUCCUCCCUAACUCACGCAUGUGAGUCAGCAGCAGAGUACAUUCCCCACUAUAUAGCAGGAAGCUAGUUGGUAGAUUUGUUUGAAUCUGUUUGCUUAAGCAAUCCAAUCUGGCUUUGUCCAGAUUGGGUUCUGUUCCUGACAAGUCCCCUUUCAUCCCUCCUAAAAAGAAUAAAGACACAACAGUCUUCUUUUAAAAGUAAUAAGUUUACUCACAUUCAGUUUGCAGUUGAAUCCCUGAAGGCAGGCUUUAGCUUAGAGUUACAGAAAAGAGUGGGUUCAUCUCACAUAGGGAUUUGAGCCCAUGUCCUGCUGGCUGAGAGCGAGCAGACAGCAAAAUACAUCAGUAUCAGAAGAAAGCAGCAAAAGAGUAGGGGAAGAUGGCUGCGUGACUGGCCCUUUUACAAGGUCACCCAGGGUCACGCCCACCUACCUGGUCACACGCAGGGGGAGGGUGCUCCAGACCAGAUGUGACAGGAAGUCCUCCUGGCGGGAGUAACACCCCCCUGCUUGUCCACUCUGGGCAAACAGGAAGUGUUGUACUUGACUGCUUAUGUUACACCCCACAUGUAUCAUAUAUAAGCAAUCUGACUUCAUAAUCUUAUACCUGCCACAUACAUUAAAAUAAAUAUAUUAUGUAUUACCAUAUUUUUCUGUGUAUAAGACAAUGUUUUUUGCUUUAAAAAAUAGUCAGAAAUUGGGGUUGUCUUAUUCACGGAUGGUGAAUGCAUAGGGGUUUGGGCUCUGGCUCUGGCACGGGCAGCCCAGGUUUGGAUUCUGGUGUGGGCGGUUCAAGCGCAGCAACCUGGGCUUGGGCUUGGAUUCUGGUUCUGGUGUGGGUGGCCUGGGCUCGGGUUCUGGUUCUGGAUUUAAACUCAAUAUCCUUAAUUUUGGGCUCAAAAAAUAGGGGUCGUCGUAUGCAUAGGGGCAUCUUAUACAUGGAAAAACAUGGUACAUUUCUUCUACUGCCCUUUGGCACUUCAGAGUUCCCAAGACAGCUCACAUAUGGAAACAAUGAGUAGCUAACAGAAUUUUGUGUUAACUUUCAUUUGGCUGCAGAACUUGGCUUUCUUUAAUAAUCCACCACCCGGCACUUUGAAUCAAGUCUUGGAAGUACUGAGCUGGCAGUUUUCAUCAUAUGUUGGCCGUGGGCUCAACUCUGAUCAACUUAGUAUGCUGGCAGACAAACUUACAGGUGAAACUAUAAAGCAAAUUUUCAGCAUUAAUUCUCUGAACCAAACUGUGUUCUGCUGUAAAUCUGGCCAGCCCUAACAUUAGGUGGAUUGAGGCAGUUGCCUCAUGUGGCAAAUGCUAUGGGGAAAUGGUGAUGAGAUAUUGGAGGACAGAACUGUGCAUACUCCAUGGUCUAUCCUGCAUUUCCUAAAUUAGCUUGCUACCCUGAUGGGCGGGGUAUAAAUAAUAAAAUUAUUGUUGUUGUUAUUAUUAGCUUCUUCUUUGCUGUUUGGCAGGAUUUUGAAACUCACAGAUUGCUUCAUAGUACUUCAAUCUUUAGUACAACUGGGAAAUUUUACUUGUCUUUUUAAAUUAUUUCAAACUGUGAUAUUUAAAACAAACAUUUUGGAAAGAUGUUGGCCUCACAUUUCUCCCUGUUAAAUUUUAGGACUGCAAGUUAGUUAUGGGGACCAUCAACUUUCCUGGUCAAAGUUCUGUAAGGUAUGUCAUUGUUAAGAUGUUUCACAAUGCUGCCUGCAUUCUUGGCCAUGUUUGUACACAAGUCAGAUACUGAAGCACCAUAGGUCUUUCCAAACACUCAACUUAUUCUCCAAGCAAUUAUUUUAGUCUUUUCAUGAUGCUUGCAUGUGGGGCCGGGCCACCCAUGAGGCUAUGUGUGGAAACUGGCUCAGGUGGCAGAAUCCACAGGGGAGCAGAUCCAGCCUUCAAGGAAUGUAUCACCUGCUGCUGCUGCUGCUGCUAUUGCACCCUCUCUUGUCCCCAAAAUAGAUCUUGCCACCCACCUCUUGUUCUUGAUGUAGGUCUUCAUUCACCCCUUCUUCCCUGGUGGGUGGUGGGCAUGCUAUUUUGUAGUUCACUUCAGAUGCCUAAAUGUCUUAGGCCAACUCUGUUUGCUGUACAGCUUUUGAGUAGCAAAAGUGCAACAUCCCAUCUGCAAGUAAAUAGGGUAGUGGUGCAGCCUUGCUUCACUGGUGGGUGAAUAAUAGGGAUUUGGGGAGAAAUUCAAUUCAUUUUGCAUUUAAAUGUGAACUUACAUAACUCACACUUCCUGAAACUCAAUACCCAAACUGAAGCACAGUCAUUCUUUGAAAGUCACACUUCUUGUGAAUUUUGCUAGUCAGGUAAUGUGUACAAAAAUGCAUAUAUGAGGGUAAAGUGCACAUAUAAAUCAAUAGAUUAGUGAAAAUAACAUAUAAAUGCAUUUAUUAUAUUUUGAGAAAUUGCUUUGCAAAAACCGCUUUGAUGUUUUCUACAAACAAGCUGUAUAUACAUUUUAUGAAAUGAAAAAGUGUGUAUAUUAGGAGAGAUUUGCACUGAUGCUGAUGAAUUUUCAUGAACACUUAUUUUAAAAUGAAAUCACAAACUUAUUCAGAAAUGCGGCAAAAUGAACAGAAGAAUGGUAAAAAAACAAGUGGCUAAGUGAAACUGAAAUUGAUAUAUUCACCCAUCCCUAGCGGACAGCCAUAUUGUGAGGUUUUGUUGUUUUAAAAACUCAGUAGUUGAUGAAUGGGAGCUUUUAAUUCUAGCAAAGAGCUCCACAACAUUUCAGGGAUGCAGAGGGUUUCAUUGUAUAUUAUGUACCUAUAUGGUAUAUAAUAGCCUUUCUCAAGCUUGGAUUCCCAGAUGUUGUUGGGCUACAAUUCCCAUCAUUCCUUGCUAGCAGGGCCAGUGGUCAGGGAUGAUGGGAGCUGUAGUUCAACAACAUCUGGGGACCCACAGUUGAGAAAGACUGGCAUAUAGAGUUUCAUUGUUUUGUUCUCACUUCCAUUUGAUUUUUCUUCUUUUGAGAGAGACGGGAUAGGAGAGGAAAUAUGGCAUUAUGAUUAUAACAAAUAUGAAAUAAAAGUGCUUUUUUUGGCACAGUGUUAAAAGACUAUAGACUAGGGGUGAACCUACACUGGUCACAUAUAACGUGAAAAAUGUGUUAUGAAAGUGUGACACCAGAGGGCAUUGCAGAGUCACAAUGGGAAUGGGAAACUGCAUUGAGAGCUAUAUGACAGGGUUUUGAACUAGCUUUUAUUAGCGUUUUUACAGAUCAGUGUAAAUCCACCCUAGGAGUGGGGAACCUUUUCUAGUCCGAGGACCAUGUUCCUUCACAGAUAAACUUCUUUGGUGGUGGGGUAUGUGUCACAUGUGGUGGGUAGUUCCACAAGCAAAAGUGGGUGGAAUAAUGAGUGUGUGACUCUUUGUAUCGUAAACACUUACUAUAUUAUUUAAAAGGAAAAAUAGGGGAAAUAGCUACUUAUAGACUGGCUUUGGAACGUUUGAUAGCAAAGCGUAUGCUGACGAAGGGAGCUAAAGACUGUUCAGAAAUAGUAUCACAGGUGACCUCCAGUAGUCUGCAAAUACCAAGUGGUUGUUUUCGUUGGAGAAUAAGUCUAAAGAUAAAGGUUACUGGUACUAUAUUGAAAGCUUAAUUUUUCUGUGUAUCUAAUUUGCUCUAUAAACAGGAACACUUACCUGGUAAAUCAUUUACGUUUUGGGCAUGGCUAGAAGCAAUCUUGGAGCUAAUUAAAAAGCACAUUCUUCCACUUUGGAUUGAUGGGUGAGCAGCGUCUUGGUGAUUGUACAUAAACUGCCAACGGGGAAUUUUGUUUUGUCCUUCCUGUUUGUUAAGUAAGUAAGUAGGUAAAGACUCUGAAGGCAGCCUCAAGCAGACUUAAGCACUUUUAAAUCCUGUCGAUUUCAACAAAAGCAGAAGCAAUGGGAGAAUAUGGCUAAGAGUGCAGUUAGGUUAAAAAACAGACAAACUACUAUGUUACCCCACUUCUGCCUACAUUUGAAUUGCAAGAGGAGUUUCUUGGGGAAAUUUUCUAUUGAAUUUUUUAAAAAUUUAAUAAUGACAAUAAGAGUUGCACUAGUGCAUUUGUGCCAUACUGAGGGCUUGUCCACAUUUGAACAUUAUUUUGCUGUUAAUCCACUUCUCAUCCCCUCCAUUCAACUUAGGCCAUAGUAGUCCUGCCAUGUAUUCUACUCAAUAUUGAUUCAGAGCAGAACUCCAAUGUAUAGUUAGCAGAGUAAAAACUUAAACACGUUGCGGGAUUCCCCCCAAAAUAGACCAGAGGCAAUUGUAUUUCAUCCAGCAGAGCUUUACUGCUACUGAAGGGAAAUGAGCACAAUGGUCACAAAUCCAAUACAUCCAGGAUUGGCACUGUCCAUAGGAAAUCCAGUUGCAGCAGACUUAACUUGAACUUACAAUAACUUAUAAUAAAACUAAACCUUAACACUAUAUACAGAACACCGCACCAGAAGAGAUAGAAAGAGAGGGAAACCCAUUCUCCUUCUGGCCUUACUAUUAUAGUCAGCAUGACCUUGACAGAAAGAGAUAACAGAACCAGUUUAAGCCAGCUGUACUCAGCCUCUCUGAAAGAAUAACCCAAACAUCAUGAACCUUCUGCUUUCAUGAACCUUCUCCUUCUUUAUUUCACACAGAGACGCUUACAGAACCCUCUUGAAUCAAUUAGAAUAGGAGAGAUCACUACAUAUCAGACCAAUACUUUCUGUACUAAGAAAUGCAGACUGACAGUCCACACUCACAUGUAUUUGAAUUUGUAUAUAAGGAGCAACACUGGUGUUUCCUGUUAAUAAUAAUAAUUAUUAUUAUUAUUAUUAUUAUUAUUAUUAUUAUUAUUGUUAUUAUUGUUAUUUAUACCUCGCCCACUUGGCUGGGUUUCCCCAGCCACUCUGGGCGGCUCCCAACAGAAAUUAAAAAUACGAUAAUUAAAAAAUCAAACAUUAAAAACUUCCCUAAACAGGGCUGCCUUCAGAUAUGUUCUAAAAAUCAGUAUGUGAUCCUUCUUGUGUUUGUCCCUGUCUUCUAAUUUCUUAAUUCUCUUAUGCCAAUUAAGCACCAACAGGGUUCUCAUUUUUUGUGUAUUUGGGGGAUCAAAAGGGGAUAAAACAACAUGCCUCCAUUCAGGGGUACACCGGAAAUAGUUUGGAGCACAGUCAGAAAAGAAACGAAAUGAUUAAAGAAGUAGUGGACAUGGAAAAGAGAGAAGCAGAAAUGGAUAUUGAUCCACUCACCCCAAAACACCAAAACAAAUGUUCUGUGCCCCCAAUUUCCUCCAGUGUAUCUGAUUAUCCCCGUAUCCAGUGCUAUUUUUCUAGAAAAAGAGGUCUCACCAUGAGCACCUCCCUCAUUCUCUUAGAAUGGCAAUGGCGCCCACCUGAGAGGUGGUGGAAAUGAGUUCAGGCUGAGAAAAAGCCCUGCUGGUAUUGCAUAAACCCAAAUUCACUUGGGGAAAGCAUUGAGACUGGUACUGUCAAAGGGGUAAGGCAAUGUGAGCUAUGCAAAUCAAAUGGGAAUCCAAACAGCUGCAAGAACAUAGUAAACUCUGGUGUGCAUAAGCCCCAGUUGUAAUACCUGGCUGUUUUGCUGCACCAGAGCAACACCAUGAUUCACCCGAGUGUCAUUGCCAGUGUGGUGUAGUGGUUAAGAGCGGUAGUCUCGUAAUCUGGGGAACCGGGUUUGAGUCUCCGCUCCUCCACAUGCAGCUGCUGGGUGACCUUGGGCCAGUCACACUUCUUUGAAGUCUCUCAGCCCCACUCACCUCACAGAGUGUUUGUUGUGGGGGAGGAAGGGAAAGGAGAAUGUUAGCCGCUUUGAGACUCCUUAAAGGGAGUGAAAGGCGGGAUAUCAAAUCCAAACUCCUCUUCUUCUUCUUCUUCUCAGUUCCAGGGAACUUCCAGUGGAACCUUGCAGUUCUGCAAGAGGACAAAGAUUAACCACAGGAAUUUCUGCCAGGAAUAUGUGUGCACACAGCCACCAUUUAUUUCAGAUAUAUUUGCAGUUUUGUUAGCCAGUUUAAGCAUUUUGCUUAUCCAGCUGGUUGAGAAUUCAAGCCAAACCACUUAUGACCUAAAAAAGAAAAGUAUCCAUGAUCUGAUUUUUUCUGAAUUUUUACUCCCUCAUAUAUGUGUGGUUUAACUUGCCUCCUGGAAACUCCUACUGACCCUGCUGGAGGGAAAGGAAAAGUACUGAACCCAUUUCCCACUCCCCAUCCUUCAGGCUUAAUAGUUGUUGUUGUUUUUUUUAAAAAAAUCCUGUUUAUGUCUCCACAAAGACUCAAGGUGGUUAACAAAAGCAGAGUAAAACAAACACAAUCCCUUUUUUUUUUAAAAAAAAAGCUAAUAUACAUUCAAAUUAUGAAAUUAACAAUACCUAACUCUUGACAAAUUUUAGGUGCACAAAAAGCAUCAUUGGAUUGAGUCAGCAAAAAUUACAUAAUUAACCAAAAGCCUUUAAAAAAACCCCAGAAAAAUAAAAUCAUUACAAAAGAAAUAAAACAUUUCAAUUAUAUAUGUAAAUAUGUGUCAGGGCUGCCUCAGGUCUCAGCUCACAAAAGACCAACGCCAAGUUCUUCUUAUAUACAAAAGUGUUUAUUGCAGUUCAUUGUUUGCUUCACAUCCGAGGCGCGCAGCCCCCCGUCUGUUACGCUUAGACCGUUGAAGUCCCCUCUGAGUCAGUCGCUCCCGUGCACCAGUUGAAGAGGCUUGCGCUGCUCCACCUCUUUCUCUCUUUCCUUUUCCGCAGGGUCUUCCUGCCCGCUGAGGUUUCGCCCCUCCUGGAUUCCCCCUCCUGCGGGCUUUGGGACCUGGCUCCUCCUCCGGGCUCCCUGUACUUCCGCGCGCCUCCACAUUUGAACUUGGCGCGCGCGCCCAACCUCUAACCUUCCUUUUGACAGUUACACUACUCCCUUCACUACUCCCCUCCCCUUCCGGGAGGGUGGCUUGCUCCGACCUCCCUCCCUUCUCUGCUGCCGGAGCUGCUUCCUCUGAUACACUGGAACCUCCACCCCCUUCGCUGCACUCUGGCGGGGAGGCUGGUCCUGACGCCCAGCUGCCACUUUGGGAUCCCCGCUGGCCCCUGCUCCUGACACGUCCCCCUGGGGCUCCCCUGGCCUUGACCACCGGCGCCCCCUUCUGGGAAUCCUCUGAUCCGCUGGAAAGACUCAUGGAAUCUCUUGAGUCAUUGUCAUCCUCUUCCUCGCUGUCCUGGGAUUCAUCCCCAUUGCUCUCCAUCUCCUGCCUACCCUGUGCCUCUGUCCCUGAAACCCUGACAAUAUGAAAUAUAAUUUCAUAAUAUCAUGUAUCCAGAUUUUUUAAACGAUGAUUAUUGUUUAAAGAGAAUUGUAUACACUGUUUAGGUGUCAUUGGUUACUAUUAUAUUUUAAGCAGACUGUCAGAAAAUGCGAGUGAAAAUAAUAUAUAAGGUUAAACAUUGCCUUGCAAGUAAUUAAUUUUGUUUGGUGAAUGUCCUUCGCUAUACCAAGAAUCUACCACUCUAGCAAGAAUGCUACCAAGAAUUACAUUUAUAAUCCUCAUCACCUGACCAAAAACCUAUUUAAGAGACUAUGUAUUGAAAGUGCAGAAAUAUUUACCGCAAUGGGUUGCAUUUUUGUUUUAUAUGGAAGUUUAUCACAGGGUCAUUGGCACCUGAAUACUGAUCAUAGGGCCUUUGCUGAUCCUUCUAGAGACAAGCAUGAUGAGGAACCACCGGUCUGCCAAAAACUACUUCAGGAGAGCAAUAUAGAAUACGAAAAAGAAUAGCAGAAAAGACAUAAACAUAAUAAUAAUAAUAAUAAUAAUAAUAAUAAUAAUUUAUUGUUUAUACCCUGCCCAUCUGGCUGGGCUUCCCCAGCCACUCUGGGCAGCUUCCAAAAGAAUAUUAAAAUACUGUGAUACAUCAAACAUUAAAAGCUUCCCUAAACAGGGCUGCCUUCAGAUGUCUUCUAAAAGUCUGGUAGUUGUUGUUCUCUUUGACAUCUGGUGGGAGGGCGUUCCACAGGGAGGGCGCCACUACCGAGAAGGCCCUCUGCCUGGUUCCCUGUAACUUGGCUUCUCACAGUGAGGGAACCGCCAGAAGGCCCUUGGUGCUGGACCUCAGUGUCCGGGUAGAACGAUGGGGGUGGAGACACUCCUUCAGGUAUACUGGACCAAGGCCGUUUAGGGCUUUAAAGGUCAGCACCAACACUUUGAAUUGUGCUCAGAAACGUACUGGGACAUCCCCUUCAGCACCACUUGCCUAAUAAAGUUUGGAGUUCUGUGCUGCAGUUUGAAUGUAAAAAGUUGCAGGUGACCAGCAAUUACAUGUGUUUGCUGCAUAACAUUUUGCCAGGUUCCUGAAGGGGUAGGCAAGUUAGAACUUGUCCACACCAGAGCAAACUGUGGAUUCACAAUGGUCUGUUUCUCCUUUAAUAUAAAGACAUCCAUAAGACAUUCUCCAUUCCAGAGUAGACUCAGAUUCCCCCCCCCCCUUGAAAUGCAGGGGUUUUCAAUCCUUGGAAAGUCUAAAAUGUCCAGGAUUGUAAACCUGUGUAUUUAAACGGGCGAAGGUCCAGGACAACACUGGGAUUUAGUCUGCAGAAGCUGUUCGUCUUUAGCGUGCCACAGGAUUUUCUGACAAGCAUUGUGCACAUAUAAACCUAUUUCUUUUCCUCUUUUUCUUUUUGCAGAUGUAUUAUGGGGUUUGUAAGCAAAGAAAAAGAGAGAAAUUUGCUCAAGGACAAGAUGCCCGGAACAUUUUUAUUGAGGUUUAGUGAAAGCAACUUAGGAGGGAUUACUUUUACCUGGGUAUCGCGGUCAGAAAAUGGUACGUGCUAUAUUUUAACAUGCUGAACGCUGCACUCCAGACCCCUAUCGCCCUUAUCCAUGAGUUCCAAAAGCAAUUUGGGAAAUGCACGCUAGUGGCCUGGCCCCACCUUCCCUUUCAUCUCACAUGCCGAAUUGCCAGUACCAAACUUUUUAGGAUCCUUUUUAGAUCAUUCGAACGUUGCUUUUAAUGCAAGUCUCAGUGCUACCUUAACUACAGGUGUAAGAUUAAAUAAAAACUGCUGUAGCUUCUUUGGACCUCCUUCUCUGGGUUGCAGUAGUCCCCUAUAAAGUGUAUUCAGUUGGUACCUUAACAGGUUAGGACGAAAUGGAUCUGUUACUUGUCUCAGCUCUCAGCUGGCCAGCAUUUGUGUAUUUGGUAUUUUUAUUAUUUUAAGUGAGUUUGUGGUUCUUCUUUCCAUUUGACAAAAAACAACCUGCGAUCAGCUAUCUGCCUGCUUAUUCAUAACUAUCUUGUCCUUCACAGGAGAAGUGAAUUUCCAUUCUGUUGAACCAUAUAAUAAGGGUCGUUUAACUGCGCUGCCAUUUGCUGAUAUUUUACGAGAUUACAAAGUUAUUAUGGCAGACAACGUUCCUGAAAACCCACUGAAAUAUCUCUAUCCAGAUAUUCCCAAAGACAAAGCCUUUGGAAAGCACUAUAGCUCUCAGCCAGAUGAAGGUAGGAUAUUGCUUUAAAAAAAGAAUAGUAAUAAUCUUCCCCCACCAUUUUACAUUAAAACUGCUGAGCAUGCAAACUCCCGAUGCUCAUGCUUGCCACAUUUGUUCUUUAAAAACAGAUUAGACUUGUCCGUUUUUAAUUACUUCUUGUGGUGCACAAGACAUCUUACAAUCAAAGCAGUAACAAAAGUACAAACCGAAACUAGCAAAGAAGAAAAAGCAAGCUGGCUUGGCAAAAACAGUCACUCCCCAUCUCCCUCACAAAUGUGAUAUUAAAUGGAACGUUCUCUGCAAGGUUAAUUACUAAACCAGACAUACAAAAACUGCAUGCCCCGUCACAAGCACAGAUCAGAAAGUCAAAUGUGGUUAAGUCCCAUCCUAUGAACUUCUGGAGCAGCCUUUAACAUAGGAAGCGGCCAUAUACCACGUCAAACCAUUGGUCCACCUAGCUCAGUAUUGUCAACUGUGGCUGGCAGUGGUUCUCCAAGGUUUCAAGCAGAAGCUUCUCCCAUCACCAGGACUUGAACCUGGAACCUUGUGCAUGUGAAGAAUGUGUGCUCUGCCACUGAGCUAUGUGUCCUCCCCCACUAGCUGUCUUCAGUGAAGGACAAAUUCACCCGGCUGCACUGCUGAAUAUGCACUUCUGGUUUCCUAGAUGGGAGAUUUAAUGUCCAUAAUGUUGUUGUUGUUGCUUUUAAUUUAGUGCCAAGGCCUAUGGAAGGAGGAACCAAAGGUUACGUCCCCUCUGUAUUUAUCCCAGUCUCCAAAAUGUGAGUCAUGCUGAUUAAGUUGCGUUUCCCAAACUUCUUAGUGUGGAAAGUCUGGCAUACCAGUCCAAUUGGUAUGUUGCUCUUCAGCAGAGGAAGUGACAUUUCUUUUGCUGCUUUGUCUUGGAAACCCUCUCCUAAUAAGUGGGUGAACCAUCCAGGAUUGAUGGGAAGUGAAAUUAGAGUACAGUGGUACCUCGGGUUAAGAAUUUAAUUCGUUCUGGAGGUCGGUUCUUAACCUGAAACUGUUCUUAACCUGAGGUACCAUUUUAGCUAAUUGGCCUCCCGCUGCCACUGUGCAAUUUCUGUUCUCAUCCUGAAAUAAAGUUCUUAACCCUAGGUACUGUUUCUGGGUUAGCCUGAAGCAUCUGUAACCUGAAGCGUCUGUAACCCGGGGUACCACUGUAUGUGCCUGAGGCGUCAAUUACAACAGUAUCUGCUUCUCACGUAUUACUCAUUCAAGAUGUCAUUUUUGUCUCUCUUUUUUUUUAAAGCCUGAGUGAUUCCACAGACCCACCUUCUCCAUCAGACCUUCUCCCCAUGUCUCCAAGUGUCUAUGCUGUUUUGAGAGAACACCUGAGCCCUACCGUAAUGGAAACUGCUGUACGUUCCAAGCUUCAUUUCUUCUAAACUUGUGGUUAGCAAAUGAAGAGUUGCUGUUAAGGAGUGACUGGGUAUCUUUUAGAAUACAGUCGUACCUUGGCUUCCGAACGCCUUGUGAGUCGAACGUUUUGGCUCCCGAACGUCACAAACCCGGAAGUGAGUGUUCCGGUUUGCAAACGUUCUUUGGAACCUGAACGUCUGACAUGACUUCCACGGCUUCCUGCAGCCAAUCGGAAGCCACGCCUUGGUUUCCAAACGUUUUGGAAGUCGAACAGACUUCUGGAACGGAUUCCGUUCGACUUCUGAGGUUCCACUGUACUGGACUGCGCAAAGCUUUAUUGUCACUAACUUUUUCCCGCUGUUGAUAAAACGGCACUAAGUAUGUCAGCACUGGUUAUCAGGUACUAUAAUGAAAGAGCUAGUGACUGUGUUCUUACAUAAUGUGAAAUGAAAUGAUGGCUUAAUGCAAAUGGGUGGUCUCUCUCUGAGCAGAUUGCAGCCGCUUUGUACCUGUUCUUGGCUCCCACUCAGGUUGAGAGGGGGACAGCUUAACAGUGAUUCUGGGUUCAGACAGCACACUAAGCCACCCCUGCUAAAAGGACAGCUUUAUAGGGAAGACUGAGUAGUUUGUCAGGAGGAGAAGAGAAUAGUACUCUAAAACACUUAGCUCCUCACAUGGUUAGGAAGCAAUAAACCAUUUCCAAAUAAAAUCCUUGCAGCCGCUCCUAAAGACUCCCUCCACAUGCAUGUGUGUUUGCUACCUUGCAGCUCCAGAAACUGCUUAACAUUUUAAGGAAUUAUGCAAACACUGCACACAGCACCCUGAUAAAUGUAUGCUUAUAGGAGAAAAUGUCUACAUUUAUAACCAAACUACUGUAUCUGUAGCCCUCAGUAGGCUGCAGUUUCUUUCGCUAUGAUGAAUAGUUUUGUAUAAUUCACAUGCUUGCACAUUCCUCCACCAACUAAGGAAAAGACAACACUUUCCUUAUUUAGUACUGCUUCCUCCGCAGAACUGAUACGGCACAAACUUCCAAAACGAAGCUGGGUCUUUUAAAAAUGAUUUUAAAGAUCAAAUUGGGCCUCUAAUCCUCAGUGAUAUUCUCCCCCCCCCGCGCUCUAUUAAUUGGGUCAACAGUACCAUUGUGCCUUCUUCAUAACGUAACAUCUGGAUUUCACACCACAGUAGAAAAUUAGGUCAAUCUUUCACAAGAAGGGAACAAAUAGAUCUUUUGUUUGCUUCAGCUUUCAGUUUUCAGAUACACAUUUGGCAUUUUCAUUUCCAGCAAGCUGUAGCUCAACUUGCAUUUAAGAAAAACAAACAGCAACGAAUUUCCACAAACUGAUAGAUUCUCCUUCUUCUUCUUCUUCUCUUCCAGUUAAGUUCUCCAUAUUCAGCUGACUGACGAUUCUAAAGUGCAUAUGUAUGUUUUUAAACAGAAACAUUCCUAAGAAGAUGUUUUUCUAGUUCCCUUUGUAGAUACUGUAUCUGUACCCUGUGGAGCACAGAUGGGGAACCUGUGGCCCUACAGACGUUUCUGGAGUACAACUGCCAUCAUCAAUUACUGUUAGUCAUCCUGACUGGUGUUGAUGAGAACCACAGGUUCUUCAUCACUCCUCCAGACACACACAAUUGUCUUUGACCAAACUCUGCUUUCAUAAAUUAAGUCAAUACUUGGCCUGGUUCAGACAUAACACUAAGCCAUGGAUUGGGCCGAAAGAACAAGCUGUGAUAAGCCUCUGGCUUGUGCACCCCAACCCUGCUCUCCAUGGUUUACCCCGAGGGAUAGCUCAGUCAAUACAGCAUGAGACGCUUAAUUUCAGGGUCAUGGGUUCAAGACCCACAUGGGGCAAAAGAUUCCCGCAUUGCAGCAAGUUGAAUGAGAUUGUACUUGUGGUCCUUUCCAACUAUUUUGUGAUUCUCUUAUUCUAGUCCUGGCUUGUUUGAACUAAGCACAGUGAACAUAAAUCACCAUUUCCUCAGUUUUGCCAUAACAGAAAGCUGCAGAUGAUUUAAAACUGCUAAUGGAAGCAGUGCCAGAUUUACGUAUAAGCUAAACAAGCUAUAGCUUAGGGCCCCACUCUCUUGCCCCCCCCCCAAUACUUCUUAAUUGUAUUUCACUAUCAAUAUACUUCUUAAUUGUAUUUCAGUUCAACAAUCACUUUGAUAAAAUUUUGUUAUGUGCAAAUGGCUCUAGAUACCUAUUAGGUCCAUGAAUUACCAUAUAGCAUAUAUUCAACACAAAAAAACCAGUGACAAUUUGUUGUUGCCAAAGGACAGCUGGACAUAUAAAGGGCCCCAUUACCUUCGGUAGCUUAGAGCCUCAUCAAACCUAAAUCCGGCCCUGGAUGGAAGUAUGCACUUUCCUGACAUUGCAUGCAAAGGAGGAGAGCAUUGGCACUGUGCAAGCCUGAGGCUCACUUUGGCUUAUUCUCACGACCCUGGUUUAGCAUUAUGUCUGAACUGGGACUAGAACUUAGUACAUGAAACAAGUGGCAAUGAAAAAUUAGGAAAUGGAUGUACUACUGAAAAGCUAGAAUCAAAUUAGUUGCACAGGUCUAAAAAUAUUAUUUCUGCCUUUAUACUCUAUAUAGAUAUAAUUUAAUGGAGAAUUGUAGUAGAAUUACUGCUGCUUUUUGCAAUCUGUCCUUCCCACUCCCUAAAAAUUGGGGUUCUAUAUUUCAAUUCUUGCCACUUCUGGAUCCUGAACUAUGAAUCCUGGCAGCCAUUCCAAAAUCCACCAUGUUUUCAACAAAUCUUCCAAGUCAUGCAUAUCCACAAAGGUUAUGUAUUUUUGCUAUAUAUUUAUUCUUGUGAUAUUUUAAUCUGUGUGCACCAAACUGUCAUUCUUACAAUAUAUUAAACCUUGAUACAUUGGAGAACUGAGCCAAACACACAUAUAUGUGAAUAACUCUUCAAAGCAGCCUUAAAAACUACAAGCUAGAGUGAUUGCAAGCAACGUAAUUAUGUGUGAAAACAUAUUGGGCCUUUCAUUAAAGCCUAGCCGCAUUGGAAAUAUUGAAUAAAUUGACACACAACCAAAAACAGCUGGACAUCAGAUUGAGAACUGGAUUUUCUAGCUCCAAGACAAGUGGUUUUUGCAUCGCCAAAAGAAUAGCAGACUCCCUUGGCUGGAGAGUAUAUAGUGAAUAUGACUAUCAGCUGAUUAUAUAAAGAAACCACUACCGAUACCUGAGCCUGGUUCAAGUAGGUGUUGAAAGGUAGAGAAUUGUUAUAUUUUUGUGUCUUUAUAGUUUUAAGUCUAGUUGACUCUGAGAUAGGAACAUUGGAAUGGGCUUAUGUUAUGUACUGAGUUGAAUAGGAUCCAAAAUGCAGCAGUCUGAUUGGUCCUAGAACAAUAGGAUUCAGAAUGCAGCAGUCUGAUUGGUCCUAGAAGAAUAAGAUCCAGAAUGCAGCAGUCUGAUUAGUCCACAGGAGCCAACCAAUCCAGCUCCAGGUGGAAGUGAAUCCGCAACCUGAUUGGCCUACAGGAGACUCCCGGAAUUUGCCAAUCACGUGGGGCCCAUUGUGUAAAUAAUGUAUAUUAAGCAGACAUUCUGGGGGAACUUCCAUUCCUCCUCACCACUAUGAGAUGAAUAAAGAGCAUGAAAUCCACUCUCGACUUAGAGUAUAUCUCAGCUUACCAUGCUUAAUAUCAGCUGUGACAUUGAAUGAAAGUUAGAUUUCCCCCCCUAGAUCCCAGGUGAGAGCUGGGAGGGACUACUGCCUUCUGUGGGUGGUAAGGUUUAAGAACUACCUUUAAGUCUAUUUUUACUACUGUUUGUGGAUUGUUUUUUUACAUUAGUUUUCUGUACCUUAGUGAAUAAUGAAAAAACAAAAAAUCUUAAUGGCAAAAAAAGAUUUGUCUGAUGAAUUGGUGCAUUUGCACAGAAGAAGGGUAGAAAAAGCAUUUGUCAAAUAAAUACUCAAAUUAUGUCUGUC